AUGUCCGGCAAUAGCCGGUUCAUUGAUGUCGUCAACUUGAAGCCCAGACUGAACUCACACAUGGCUUCUCUAAUCAGAAGUGGACUGCUGAUUUGUCUCUUGUCCUAUCUCAUCGUCGUCCACGGGGAAACCGAACUGCUUCGGCACUCACGAUCCGCCUACGAACAACGAACUCCGGAAGAUGCACUCACAUAUUCCAGUCUUAGAUCCUAUGAUAUCCCCGAGCCGUUGGCCAAUGUUACACUGAUUAACGGUGAAGAUCAGGGUAUGACUACAUCGGCUAUCUCUUUAGCUAUUGUGUUCGAUUCGACCGGAUCGAUGGGAAACGAUUUGAAACAGGUGAAAAUUGGUGCUCGGCGUAUCUUACAACGUCAUAUGCAACGAGGAGAAGCCAACUACAUCAAAGAUUUCGUCCUGGUUAAAGUACAUGAUCCCGAUGUUGGCCCAGCUCGAGUGACGACCUCAACCAAGACAUUUUAUCACUAUUUGGAUAGUGUCUACACCCAAGGUGGUGGAGAUUGUCCAGAAAUGACCAUCACCGGGAUUGAACUUGCUCUGGAGGCUUCCCGACCAAACUCCUUGAUCUAUGUAUUCACAGACAGUAGCGCGAAAGAUUACAAUCGAACAUCCAACGUUCUCAAUCUAAUUCAACAGAAGCAAAGCCAGGUCGUGUUUGUUUUGACUGGAUUCUGCAACUCGACAGAUGAACCGGGAUUCGAAGCUUAUCGCCAAAUAGCCACUGUGAGCUCCGGACAACUGUAUAUUAUUGGAAAAGGUCAGGUUAAUGAGUUCAUGCAAGUUGUCGAGGCCGCAGUUGAAGCACGAAAGGUACACGUUUUACAGCAAGACACGUGGGGUGAAUACGCAAAAACGUAUAGCUUCCCAGUUGACGCUCAUCUAACUCAACUCACCAUCCACGUGACGAAUCACAGACGUAGUCAAUCAAUCGACGUACGAAUCCGGAAUCCGGAAGGAAAACUGAUUGGGACGGAAGACGGUUUGAAAAGGCUGAUGAAAGCGGUCAGUUCCGUGUUCGUCGGCUCUAUCGAUCGACCUGCACCGGGGGAGUGGACACUGGAAGUCAGCACGAAAUUGGACGAAGCUGCCGCGGCAACCGAUGUCCCUAAAGAUACAGACGAGUCACUUGAUCAACAAGCGUUUUCCGUACGCAUCUCUGGGAUUAGCGAUGUGGACUUCCUUCAAGGAUUUGCUACCACACCCCAUCCGUUCAACUACGGUGCAUCACGACAACCGAUUGGAGGCGUCAAAAACUACAUCAUGGUGAACAUGACUGGACGUUUUCAGCCCGGACGUAUCGAUCACUUUGAUAUGCGAUCUCCGAACGGGACAUCGCUUUCUCGUCUCCCAGUCAAACAUACUCCGAAUACGCAAAUCUACGUCAGCCAGCAUCCAGUGGAUCCACUUCAUGAUCAUGCCUACCUGCAGGUUUCCGGUCGUGACAGUCAAGGAUUCGCGUUUCAACGCUACUCGAAAGUUGCCUUGUCCGGACGCAAACCUCGCCCGAUAGUGAUCACUUGCCCCGCAAAGGUCGAGCUUCAACGCGGAGCCACAAGUGAUCUGUCAUGUUUUGUCAGUAGCGAGGUCCCGUACACGAUAAAAUGGUACAAGGACGGGAAGUAUUUGGGCGGACGUCCGGACGAGAACAAAGUGUACAACUUCGCUUCGGACGUAAUGUUUACGAUUGCGGAUGCAAAUGAAGACUCCCAUGGAAUAUAUUCAGCUGAGGUUGUGCCAACUGUGGCCGCGAGUGAACUGAAGAUUGAAGGCGAAUACAAAGAUGAAGUUGCUGUGGUGAUUCUGCCACCUCCACCACGAGUCCUUGUGCCGCGUAACACCAGCGUCGAACCUGGUGCCAAUGCUGUACUGACGUGCAACGUAUUCAGUUUGGAUGAAGAUGUUCAGAUACGGUGGUUCCGCGGUUUAGAACCUCGAUUUGAAUUGAAAGAGGGGCGUCGCUAUCGCGUCGAGACACAACAGGCCGCUCCUCCCGGAGGACCUGCACAAGCAUGGACUAGUAAACUGACAAUCACGGCGGCCACCAAGAGCGAUGCAGGUCGUUAUGUUUGUGAGGCAGAGCACAAAGGAGGCGUGAGUGAAGCGGAUGGUUUUCUACACAUUCAUGUACUCCCACAGGUGAGCACAACCACAGAAGAGAUCACUUUCAAAGACGGCGGGAGUUUGGUUGUCACUUGUCUUGCAGAAGGUGUUCCUCAACCGAAAAUCUCAUGGCUCUUCAACAAGGUUCCAAUCACUAUCAGUGGUGUGGAUCAGUCACGAAUCACUGUUCAUGAGGAUGAUCUUGAAUCGCGUUUGAUCAUUCAACCAGCCAACGAGAAAGAUGCUGGACAGUACACUUGUGUGGCAACCAACUCGGCCGGUAAUAGCACGUCAACAAUCACGGCCAGUUUCAUCUCUGUUCCGAAAAUUGACAAACUGGAGAUGUCGAAUUUGAGCCCGGUGGUUGGGAAGGGACAAACGUUCACUUGUCAUGUUUCCGGACAACCUAAACCGCGCGUCAAAUGGGAGUUUAACGGAAGCCCGGUCACAACCGGUACUCAAAUUCGUAUUGAUGAAGAACAAGGAAAACUGGACUUGCUGGUUAUCGAUCAGCGCAUGAAGGGUGAAUGGACGUGUAUCGCGGAAAAUCUGGCUGGUGCCACCCGAGAGUCCAUUCAGUUGGAAGUUGGAUCUCCACCGAAAAUUCGUACCGAUGUGGCUAUUUCAAAGGUGUUAGCCGAAUUCUCCAUGGAUGCAACACUCACGUGUCCGGUCACUGGUCAACCCACCCCGGCAGUCAAAUGGUACCGUGUUACCGCUUCGGGAAAUGUGCCGAUCAAAUACGGUGAUCGAUAUCAAUUACAGAAGGAUAAUUCGUUGUACAUUGAAGAUGUAAAUAUGGAAGAUGGUGGUACAUUCGUGUGCGAGGCAGCCAACAUGUACGGUAAAAUUAGCCACUCAGUCACGGUUGAGAUCGGAGGAACGAAGGCCCCGUCGAUUUCAUUCACCCAGCCAAAGCAAGUGGCUCUACAAGGUUUACAAGAGAAACGUUUGAACUGUAACGUGUUGGACGCCAAACCUGCGGCCACGGUGAUGUGGUUGAAAGACAAUCAACCGAUCGAUUUUGGCGGAUCAUCCAAAUACAGCUUGGAUAAGUACGAUCUUAUCAUCCGCGAUAUUCGGGCAAAAGACGAAGGAAUUUACACAUGCAUUGCUCGAAAUGUGGUUGGCAAAGCAAAGUUCGAUAUUGAGUUGGACGUGCAAGCCAAACCGUCAUUCUUAGAUCCUGACUCAGGAAAACGCAUUGAAGUCACACAGGGAGACAAUCUAGUGCUCGAGUGUCAAGUGGAAGGAGAUCCGAAGCCGACUGUUGAAUGGCGUAAAGACGGUCGUCGCAUUCUUCCUCACGGACCAACUACCGCAGAACGUGGAAUCGGGAACGGGAACGGUGCCACUGGGCCGGCAGUUGUUGUUUCACCAGACGGUUAUACACUGACGGUCUACUCAGUGAACGAUGCCGUGGCGGGCAGUUUCACGUGUUCGGCGAUUAAUAUACACUCGGUUGAAACCAAGGAAUUCCGUGUCACGGUUAAAACUCCUCCGAUCAUUUCAAAGGAUGGUCCGUCGGAAUUUGAACUUGGUCAACAGGAAGUGGGUCUGCUCACCUGCCUCGUAACAGCCAGUCAACCACCAGCUACCGUGCGCUGGUUCAAAAACGGACAACCACUGGUACCAGUCCCUGGCCGGAUUACAUUAUUGGACAAUGGACACACUGUGGAAGUACGCGGUAAAGUGGAAGAUGAUUCCGGUUCGUUUGAAUGUCGCGCGGAGAAUGAGGCCGGAACGGACUCACGGUUCUAUCAGGUCACCAUUCUUGUUCCUCCUACUGUGACAACACGGGACAAAAUCACCCGGCGUCUGGUCGGUGCGGGUCACACAGUAGAAAUUGAAUGCGGUAUGACAGGCUAUCCCGAACCGCGUCUAACCUGGCAAUGGAAUGGUAAACCACUGACCACAACCGGCAUCGGGAAGGACGGUGCCGCAUCGAAUCUCGGUAUUCAGGUAGUACAACACGGUCCGGAACAGAGCAAUUUGAUCAUAAGAGAUAUGAAUUCGGCAUUGCAAGGGAACUUCACCUGCAUCGGUACAAACAAAGGUGGAUCCACGGAAAUCGUAUACGAAGUGAUCGCCUUGGAAAAACCUACAAUCGAAGAUUUCCACGAAAAAGCUGUUGUGUUUGUGAACAACACAAUCACUCUGACAUGUGAAGCCAGUGGAAGUCCACCGCCAAAAAUUACGUGGUUCUUCCAAGGUCAACCGUUGGACCUGAAUAAGACGUAUGGCUAUCGUGACCGACACAUGGCCCAGAAUCUCACCGUGAAGACAAUUGAAAUUGGCGGGAACAUUACAUUCACCUGUGUGAUGAGUUCCAAUCCACCGGCACAGAUCAAAUGGUUGAAAGAUGAAAAAGACAUAUUCAGUAUGAUGCCACAGGGACCGAAAAACCUGAUGCUACUUUCGGCCAGUCCGUAUCAAGGUGGAGAGUAUACCUGUGUAGCAGAGAACGAAGCUGGAUCAGCUAAGGCGACCACAAUACUUACUGUUUUUGAUCGAUUCAGUAUCAGUCCGGACGGAUCGAUGCUCACAUUAUUGGAUGUGAGAGCCGAGGACCAGGGAGAAUUCAAAUGUGUGGCUAUCAAUAUUCCCGGCUCAUGGAAUUAUCGUUACACCUUGGAAGUGACAUCUUCUCCGGGUAUUCUGCGUCACUCAUCGUCUCAGUCACGAAUCGAUGUCAAUCGGGGACAGGAUUUACGUCUGCAGUGUUUGGCCACCGCCAAUCCGGAACCCGUCUACCAAUGGUUAAAAGACGAGACCCCAUUGACCAUGCGUGUGCUAGCUCUCGGAGAUGACGUGGUGGACAGCAAAUCUGUACGCACCAAUACCACAGGUAUUAGUACAAGGUUUUCCAUCCAUGACAACGGGCGAUUGCUGAUUGUUCAGAAUGUACAACCAGAGGAUGCUGGACGAUACACUUGUGUGGCUAGCAAUCCAGUCGGAGAGGAUCGGUUGGAAAUUGCUGUCACUGUGUCCUCUGCGCCAAACUUCCCCGAUGGUGAGGACCACGAAUCCCCAGUCAUGGAACGAGGCAAGGCAAAUUCCCUGUGGUGCAAUGCAACCGGUUAUCCGGAUCCUGAAAUUCGUUGGGAAUAUCUAUACCUGAAUAAUGUUCAAUCGGCCGAUGCUGGAAAUUAUCGCUGUGUUGUGACCAACGAAUACGGCAAAGCCCGGCGCCAAUGGGCAGUGGAGGUGAUGUUACCGUCACACACAAACAUGCCUCGUUUGAGUGCCCUAAUCGCGCUCUGUUCCCUGAUCGUGUUCUGUCACGCCAACAACGAGCCAAAAUCGGAUGUGAAAUGGUUCAAAUGGCACACGGAUGGUCAACACGGUUACGAUAUUGUAUCUAAUUUCAAAAGUCCAUUGUUCGGCCAAAUGAUCGGCGCCCAACGAGAGGACAAAUCAGCCAUGUGGGGUGGAAGACCCGGGGAUAGAUUCGGUGGACCGGGAGUACGAGGAGCGCAUGGAGAACAUCCACCAUCAAUGUUCAACAGAUUUCACCAUCCGGAACCAUUUUUCGACUGGGCACAUAAACAUCCGAACGGGAAAGCUUCCGGGUCUGUACUGAUUGUGGCCACCACGAAAGAGGUGAGCACAGAAAACGGAAAAUCCAAAACAGACGAGUACGGUUCCGUGCGAAAUGAGCAUUUUGGUGACAAGGAUAGCGGCUUCUAUCGAAGCAUGUGGGGUCCAAUGGGAUUUCGACGUUGGAAUGUUGGUCCGUUCCAUAUGAACCACUUUUUCUAA